CAGUUCAAAGCCAUCCGUCGUGUCAAGAAGACAUCGCAAACUUCGCGCGCGCUAGUUUCCAACACCAGUCACCGUACUAAGACGACGAAAAAAAGUUGAACAGCUCGUCCCUAUUCAAUGAAGUUUUGCAUGUCCAUUUCGAGUAAUUAGCAAUUCAUUCUAAUACCGCACAUUAGAAAGGGGUCAUGGCCGUGACCGAUUAUCGUCUUACUCGACCAACGAAAGCAGCACAAUUCGGCUAUGUUCCGGUCCUGUUCUUGAUUGCAGUUCUCACCUGUGUUUCCGGAGCCGAUCUUCAAGUUACCAACACUACCAACGUGAACGAUGCUACUCCGGACACACCGUACGAAACCCAAACAGCUCAGUGCACCAUCACUUCCGGCGAGGUAGAAGCCAGCGCACAAGCCACCAUCAGCAAAACACUUGUUGGUGUUUGCGGUACGGAUGAAAUGUUGAUAGCGUUCAGAACACUCGAGGCAAAGCUACUGCUGGAACUCACUAACAUUCGCAAAAUGAUACGAGACCCGUACUACAAUCCACCACCGCUGGCUCCUUCCGAGUACAAAGCCGUUAGAAGAACCACAACUCAAGUUGACACAAAUUCCGGUACGAGACUAACCUCUGUGCAGGGACCGCCGACACCGCCUCCAACAACUACCACUACCAGCAAACCAACAGCUCCAACGGCCACCGAUGUUGUAUUUCCUGAUGAAGAUGAAGAAGAGGAUCGGUUCUCGGAAAAACCUAACAGGAAUAUGCUGAAGGAACUUCCCGAAGGCAGCCGCAAACCGGUGGCUCCUCUGGUGCAGAUCCGCAACGACAAGGAGGGUAGUCCGGUCAAACCCGUUGUCAACACACCGGUGCUAAACUUCAAACCCAUCGAUAAACCAAUUCAAACGCGGUUUUUAACAGGGGGGCUCCGUGAUUACGAGGUCUACCGGUUCAAUAAUACGGUCAUUUCCAGCGGCGAAACCAAAGUCUUCAAAUACUUCUGGAAAAUCGAACACUUCACCGAGCGACUCCAGUCCAAUGUGAGCGUGCUGAGCAGUCCGGUGUUUGUAAUAUCUGGUCUCAAUCUGCGCAUAAAAGCAACGCUAAAUCACGAAGCAAAAGACAACAUCUAUCUUCAAGUCGAACAACUGUCCCCGUUGGACGACGAACUGCGAAAGAGGCCGAACGUCAUCCUUCAGGAGGGAUCCUUGUACGAUUCGGUUGAAACGAAGAAAUUCCUACGGCACAAAAUCGUUCUUCUGAAUCAGGGUGUACCAUUUAGUGAUCUUAAUUCUCAAGAGCUUUGGAACACCAACACCGGAUUUACCAUUCCCUACAGGGCACUGCUGACCAAUUCCUACUUGAAGCAGGACAAAAUACUUGUCGAAAUUGUCAUUUAUUUGUGA